AUGGAACGACCGGCGAGUUUGACGGAUUUGCCGAAAGGGCGCAAAUUGCUGCGUUUGUCGAGGCGGAAUAAGACGCAAUUGAAGUUAGGUCAGUCGGAAACGGAAUUCGUUUCAUUUUUUUUUUUUUUUUUGAAGAAAAAGUGUCCUUCCUCCUUUUGACACCCUUGCUCCGCGAGCCCAUUACCCUCAUUUUCACAAAUUGUUCAAAAUUAUUUAAAUCGCGUUGAGAACAAUGUUUCUGAUCGUGUUUUGGCGCCCCACACAAUAAAUAUAGGUUCGCAGAAAUAGUGCUGCACGACAGAGUUGAGCGGAAGAACACAGAAGAAUUUUUAUCUUUUUUAGAAAAUUUUUUAAUGGAAUGUGAUCAACUGACGAAAUGUAGAGCAAAGUGAACUGUGCUCAUAGAAAAAUAAUUGUAAAUUUAACUUUUCAUGCAAAAAAGUUAUUCGAGUUAUUCCGUUGGCCCCCUUUUUUCGCGCAACAACUCGAAUACCUUUUUUGUAUGAGCAGCUAAAUUUACAAUUAUUUUUCUAUGAGCACAGUUCACUUUGCUCUACAUUUCGUCAGUUGAUCACAUUUCAUGAAAAAAUUUUCUAAAAAAGAUAAAAAUUCUUGCGUGUUCUUCCGUUGCACUGCACGACUGGCGCAUCGGGAAAUUGGAAGGAAAUUAGAGCGGGCGAGGCGAGUAGAGCGUGAAAAUGAAUGAAUCGUAAAAAAAACGGACAAGAUGAAGGAGAUGAUAACGAAAUUGCUCUUUUCGAAUAAAGUUUUGUGACGUGGCACGCAGAACGACCUUUAACUCUCGUUUUAUUGACCUUUCUUCCAAUUCUCUCGAGCAACUCUCGGGAAUUCUAAUUAGGCCGCCCUUCUCGCCCUUUCUGCAUUCAUUUGCUCACGGAGCCAGUGCACAAAGGCCGCACACCGGCCAACCAACUUUUUUUGUGUCUCCUUUUGCAACACUCGCGUCUAUUUCUGUUUGGCGACUUCCUAUGCCAGGUCUGACAUUGAACGGGACCACCAAUCGCUUAGAAUUGAUGUACUUGAUCAGUGUUGAGCGGAAUUCCGCCUUCCGUCUUCCGUCUUCCGUCUUCCGGGAUUUUUUGUUCUUACCGUAAAAGAGUAAUAGCUUUUCAGAAGCCAUUUAGUGGCCCCGAAUAACGCGAAUUCCCAGAUCCAAAAUUUUUGUUGUUUAGUUAUUUUUUUCCAAAAAAAAAACCGGAGAAAAAGUUCUUCAUUGACGAUUUUUCUGUUCCGUCUUCCGUUUUCCGUGUUCCGUAAAAAAAAAAUUUUCUUCCGUCUUCCGUUUUCCGUGUUCCGUAAAAAAAAAUUUUCUUCUUCCGUCUUCCGUCUUCCGUCUUCCGUGAGAAAAAUUUUCUUCCGUCUUCCGUUUUCCGUGUUCCGUAAAAAAAAUUUUCUUCCGUCUUCCGGAUUUCAAAGUUCCAUUUCCGGUACUUGCCCUCAUAGCCUUGAGCAUCUUCUGCCGAGCCAGGAUACGGUCCCACAACUUUAGAUUUACCCACAGCCCACAGUUGCUCAUAUUGUGCGAGCGCAGUUGGAUCCGAAGAUCCCGAACAGCCGUCUUGUAACAGUAAUACCAAUCUGGCCGCAUUCUACUUGACUCCUCUUCCCGUCUCUUUCCUAGACUGUUCAUUUCUAGUUUAGUGCCUUGUGAUCCUGUCCGGACACUCCAAAAAAAAAUGCUUACGUACAAUUCCAAGAAUCUCAUCAGAUUCUUGGCUGGCUCAACAUUCGUGCUCGUUUUUCCCCUUCAAUUCUCACACGGCGUCCGUCACACGUCUUUCUCACUCGUGCUCCAGAAGUAGAAGAAGAAGAAGAAGAAGAAGAAGAAGGCAGAAAGCGUUGGCCAAAUGAAAAAGUUGAAAAUUGAGAGAGAAAGACACACACACACACAAUUUCCGUUUCUCAAUCCAUUUCUCAGCACUUUUUUGUUGAACUUUUUCCGCCUAGAAAUGUUCCUUUCACGACUUUGUCCGCUUUGUCAGAUUGAGGAAAACGAAGAGACUUUUGAGCCCAAAAAAUGGUUGUCCUAACCCGUUUUUGAUUCGAUUUCUCCCCUGGUUACCGUGGAAAACAGUUUUGAGCACGAGCUCGCGGAGCAAGUGUGUGCUCCGUGAGCCCAAAACUAAAAAUGACCGAACCAGGGCUUGAUGCAUGUCAUAUCACGUAACUUUUCAUCGUGAUUCCGAAUCCGACGUCAGAAUCGGCAUCGGAAGUCAUGGAAACGGAGCACAAAAGUGAAAAGUGUGCAUUCCCUCGCAAAUGUGUUCUCGGUUUCAGAUCUCUCGUCCGGAAUGCCGUUCCUCGCGAGACCGGCGUCCAGUACCAGUCUAGGUGGGUUUCUAACGUUUUUUUUUCCGGAAAUUUACCCCCCUCCCCCCGUUUUGUGCGCCCAAUCGAUUUGUAUUCCUUGUUUUUCGGAUCCUUUUUCGUCUUGCCGUUUUUUCUCGGAAUUUCUGACGAAUUGUCAAUUUUUAGGCCAAAAAUUGCUGUGAAGAAAAAUAGGAAAAUGCACAUUCAGCUCUCACACAUCCGUAGCGCAUUUUUCUGACUUUUUUUGGAGUCUAUCGCUUUUUUGCAACAAAAAAUGCUGUUUGUAGGAUUACGGUAGUUUUGGAGCGAAACAGCUGUCAUGAUAUUCUCGUUUUUAAGCUGAGUGGGUGCGUCAUCGACAAAUUCAUGUGCAAAGAUCUCUAAAAAAUACAUUUUUACACGAUUUUCUGGUUUCACAAUAUCGGAAAACACACAAAAGUGAUUGACAAUCUUUCGACGCACUUUUCUGCGUUCUGGAAGGUCCUAUGGGCCUGAAAUUGUUUUUGUGAAAUCUUGACAUCUAGUACUGUAUUUUUGUAGUUGACACUUUCUUUGUACGCCCACGCACUGGCGUACUGUAGCUCUCGGAAGUUGGCAUAGGCUUUUAUCCUGUCCAAACUUUCAAGAGCUACAGUAACCUUAGGAGUGUUUGUACGAUAAAAUUGUCAACUUCAAAAAUAAAGUUCAUAAUCUAUAGUUCAUUUUUGUAAUUGACAAUAUUUCCGUACAACCACUCCGCCGGUUACUGUAGCUCUUGUAAGUUGAUAAUAGUUAAAAACCUAGGCGAACUUCCAAGAGCUACAGUACUCCAGCACUUGUUCGUACAAAAAAGUCAUCAACUACAAAAAAACUGUACUAGACUUGAAGUUUUUACCAAACAAUCUUUCAAAGCCAUAGGACCACUCUAAACGCCGAAAAGUGGUGGUCCCAUCGGCCCAUUCCAGUCCGACCUGACGUACUUCCUCACUCUUCCGUACCAACCUCUUUUGGCUCCUAAAAAGAGGGGGAAUAUCUCCUCCACCCUUUUUUUUCUUUGAAAGAAUGAGCUCCUUCUUUUUCGAAUGAAUUUCUUAUUAAUAGGAGCGAGAAGGGGGGGGUCCUUCCGCUUCUUUUCCCCUUUUUUGACGACGACGUCCUCAUCAUCAUCCUUUCCGCUAAAAACGUUGAUUUUUCCGAUUUUCUUCAAUAAAUUCAGUCAAAAAGGGCUUGUGGUCCCUGAAAAUCAGUGCGGAAGAGCUCUGGUCGUCGGGGAGCUAAAAAACUUCCGGUCGGCUCCGAUCCAUGCUCAUUUAUCAACCGGCGCCCGUUUUCUGAGCAAUAACACACACACAAAAUCAUAUGGGUAAGAGUUGAGCCGUUUUUUGGCGGAAAAACGCAGAAAAUGGGUUGCCACGUCAUAAAAAAUGGUUGAAACCCUGAAAAACACUUUGGAAGUGAGUUGAGAGAACGAUUUUUGAGAGACUAUUGGAAAAAUGAAAAUAUCUCGUCAGAGAAGCAUGAUCGUAAAAAGUUGUCAACUAUAAAGUUGUAGAGCACAAAAUUAUCUAUCGAUUUGCUUUUUAACUUUAAAAAAAUCUUCAAAACUGACCGAGACACGAGGUAGGAAAGUAAAGACUCAAGAAUUAUUCUAUUCCUCGUUCCCCAAAAAAGAAGAAGAACAUGACGAUGAUCCUUUGCGGUCCUGGUCCCUUCGAGAUAGCCUCUCAUCAUCAUUCCAAAAAAAAGGAAAUGUAAAAAAUGUUUUAUAGGCCAUUCGGUUCCAAAAUGAGCAUGGUCCCCUUCCGUCCGCGUGCACUCUCUCUCUCUCUCUCUCAUUUUUGUCUAUGUACAUCUUAACAUCAGAACACUUUGUACACUUUUUGGUUUGAGGCCCGUUGGUGACGUGUCACAUUAACAUGUCACAUUUGCCCUAAAAAUGCGCAAUAUGGUGUGUCACGAGCAUUUGCAAACUGACGAUGAGCGGCAGCGUUUCCAUGGAUUUGCCAGCCGCAAAUUUCCGGAUUCUACAGGCGAUUUGUUCUGACAUUUUUGAGUUGUUUCGGUCCCUCUGGGCUAGUGGGGACCGUCAUUUUUCAGUUCUUGGAGCUCAUAUAACCUAAAUAACGUUUCCCCCGAAACUGGGAAGGAGACAGCGAGUAGCAUCAAAGGUGAAACCGAUAAUAUCGACUAAUAUGCUUUUCCUCUGCUUAUUUCAUCCAUCCGGCGCCAUAUUGAGGCUCGUCUUCGAAUAAUUAAUCCGUGAGCCGCAUACACGGACACUCUCGCUCUCUCUCUCUCUCUCUCUCUCUCUCCGUCUCCUCGCACCCCAGAACAAAGUGGGCGGAGUCUGGGGAAAGGGGGAAGGGAGGAGGAGGAGGAAGAAGAAGAAGAAGAAGAAGAAGAAGAAGCUUCCCUCCACAAUCCAGAGUGUGUUUGAGACUAGAAUCGGGAGCACAAAAGUUUCAUUUCCACUCUUUCUUCUGGCUAUCUAUUUUCCGCGCCCGAACGUCUGUUUCUCCGGCCCACCGGACAGGUGAAAUCGUUCCGCUCACGGCCCCCAAAAACCCGAUAUUAUACUUCUCUGCGCCCACUCGUAUUCUGAUGCCACCGAAACAUGACCAAAUCCACCAAACUUCGCCACUGCAAUAAUACGAAAAAGGCGAAGAAGAAGGCGAAAGCAGUCGUCGUCGUCGAGCAGGAGCCGCCGAACGAUGGGGACCGUGUGGCGGUGGUGGUGGCGGUCCCACCGCCCACGCAUCACGCGCGGUCCCACAAGUUGGGCGCACUUUGCUGCUGUUCCGCGUCCGGCGCCGCCACGCUUUCGCCACUCGAUCCCACCACUUCUUAUGGUAAAUUUUCUUCAAAAAUAGACGGCGCCACGUCAUGUGCUCGCCCGAAAUCCGUUCCCAAGAAAACUGGAUGAGAUUAGGAGCGGAUUUGAUCGCGGAUGACUAAUUUUUGAUGCGCAUUGGUCGAUGCACCAUGUGGAAGUGAAAUUUGUCUGCAAAACUCGCACACUUUCCCGAUUGCUCGCAAUUUUCCGGCAAAAUGUCGUCAUUCAUGAGAAAACCUUGUUUUUCUUUCCGAUUUCCAUCGGUCGAUGCACCAUGUGGAAAACGUUUUUUGGUGGUGUUUGGCGUCGCGGUUUCGGCGGGGGGAGCGAAAAACGUAAAAUGUGUACAACGUCCGCAAAUCCAUCAGAACUUCUUGUCAACUUUUGACAAAUUCCCUUGCCAGAACCUUUCGGCGCCCGAAAAUUUAUGGCUUUCCGCGAGAAAAUCCGGUUUUGCCAAGGUUGUUUUUGUCGGCGUCGUUCGUUCGCGACCCGGAAAAGGAAAUUCGAAAGCGGAAAACGAAAGAGGUUCCCACGGAUUGUGUUCAAAGAUGCAAAGAUGAAAUUCCGUGGAAUUUCCACUUUUCGCUGCCCCCGGAAAAAAGUGUCGCACCACAUCGCAUGAAUGUUUAAUUUUCAUCGUGAAAUUCGCAUUUCUGACACGUUUCCCAUCAUCUGCGCGCACUUUUCGAGGGCGAUUGCGCGUAAGAUGACGCGCAUUGCGUACCGUACACCGAACCUGACGACAAUUUCGCAAAAAAGCCCAAAAAACCGGCUUUCCGGCUCAUUUUUUGCGGUGAAAACGAGAAAAUGAGCGGUUUUUGAAAAACAACUCGUCCUGGAAGGCAAUUAUUUGAACGAGAAGCGCCGAGCGCCGACAAAAAUUCAAUUAUCUCGCAGAAGAGAGAGAGAAAGAGAGAGAGGGAGACCUUGCACAUUUGAGAAUUGAGAACGCGCUUGUUUUAUUUCGAAAAAAGGGAAAAGUGUUGAAACAAAGUUAUCCGCACACUUUUUCUGCGAAUUGUGUCAGUCCCAGUGGUUCAUAGUUUUCCAGUUUGCAAUUCUUUGCAAUUCUUUCAUGAAUUCUCGGCUCAGGGCUCGCGGAGCACAAUGUGCUCGCGGGAAAACGGAUUGACAUGUCAGGCUCGCCGAGUUUUUGAACUUUUUCAGGCACAAUUUAUGUCAAUGUACUAUAUAGAUCAAUGUCAAAAGUUGAAACAAACGAACGAGAAAAAAAAACAAAUGUUUUGUUUCCCAUUCCAUGAAUAUCCAAUGCUCUAUUUGCUCCACCACCAUCACGUACCCUACUACGAAAAAAAAACGUUUCCGAGGGCUCGGCGUCCUCUUUUCCAACAAAUUCGCGGCGGUUCUCGUCAAGGACCACGGGUGGGGGCUCAUAUUUCUGGUCAUUUAGGCUACGAAAAGUGCAAAUUGCGAGGGUGUGUUUUAUAUGAUGAGACGUCCACAACAAUGACGUUUUUGGUAUGGCCGUCUCGGCGAUCCUUAAUAGGAUGGCACUCGGAAGAUGCACCACUAACAAGCUCGACCGGGGACCACUUUUUGCACGUUUCCACGGGUUUAUACUGAAAAUUUGAAGUCUACCGCAAAAACUGGGCACGAAAACUGUUUCGGGGAUCAUUUUCGGACGAGUGGCCGAUGCACCAUGAGCAAAAGUGUUUUUCAGCAAAAGGCAAGACAAAAGGAGCGAAAACAUUGGAAAGAAAGUGUGAAAAGAAUGGGCGCCCGACGCAGCCGUCCGGCGCCAAAUUCUAUGGGCGGUCCGGUCCCACUUCUUGUUCUUCUUCUUUUUUCGACACCCUCGACUUGUCGUGCCUUUUUCGCUGAACGUCUACGCCAAAUCGGCGACAGUUUUUGACAAAAAAUUGCGGGGUUUUCGCUAAUCUUUAGGCCAAAACAUUCGAGCAAAUUUCCUCAUUUUGCAGGUGGUAUCGCAUCGACAAGUGCGCACAACGGGAUGGGAAUCGGCCGGGACUCGCGUGCUCCGUCCCGUUCUUCGAGACGCGGAUCGUCGCGGAGUAGGCACGACACGGAACAAGAACAACCGUCGACGUCGUCCGCCGGGGACCGCAGACCCUCCACACACUUUAUGCUCGAUUUACCGGUCGUCUCCACGCGAUGUGAGUCUUUUUAUGAAAAAACAAAUGGAUGGUGA